UCGAGAUUAUUAUGUCGGCGGUGUUUGGUUGGGAGACGAAAAGGGACCUUUAAAGUCCCAUAGAAAGAAGAUUUUAGCAGCCAGACAGGAUGGAUAAUAGACGGGAAAAGAAGCUGACAUUCAUCACUAUUGGACUCAUUUUUCUUCUAAGCGGUGUGGAGUAUGCUGUAAUUUUACCCACAAUAUGGAGUUACUUGCAGACUCUGGAUGCAGCACCUUACUUCCUGGGAUUGGUCCUGUCAGCAUUCAGCCUGAGUGGCCUACUGUCCGGACCGCUGUUUGGCCACUGGUCUGACAGAACACGAUCAACAAAGAAGAUCAUAUUGUUUGCCAACAUCUUUGAGAUAGUUGGUGAGUAAUUUAUGUACUUGAUGGGCUACUCAAAGUGGCUUCUACUGUCAAGCAGAUUGGUAGCAGGCAUCGGUGCAGGUGUUAGCUCGUCCAUUGGCUUCUUAACCAGGAGUACGGCAGAGGACCGUGCCACUGUAUUUGCUGCUUUCAUGGCGUGUCGGCAGGCCGGCCUUGUGAUUGAUCAUCUGUUUAUGUGUCUGCUGUGGAUUCUCCUUCAAUUCGUGGGUUUCCUGACUGUGGACCUGCCACCCCUUGAGAAGGGGAAGGCCAGGAAUAAUUGACGAGAAACAACCGAGAGAAAGAGAAUGGGGUUGUGGAAGAUUAGGGAAGAGAGCGAUGAAGGAAAGCCUCUAAUAGUGUCUCAGGAGCUGAUGGGGUCCUACGGCUCUGUCUUGGCAUUCCAGUCCACCCAGGAACACCACUUCCUGAGAGAAGAAGUGAUUGUGCUGCUGGCUGCCCAAUUUGUCACCUUCUUCAAUCAAACAGCUCUGGAGACCAUGGUGACCCCUCUGACGCAGAAAUAUUUUAACUUUGGGGAGCUUGAGAACAGCGUGAUGUACUUACUGGGUGGUGUAGUGGUGAUCGCUGGCUUCCUGUUUGUGCGCUGGCUGAGCCGCCAUGUUACAGAACGGGUGAUCCUUGCCAUUGGUCUGUGCAUGUGUAACGUCUCCUGUGUCUGGUGCCUCGUCUUCUUGGCUAACCCUCUAGGUGGCUUUUCAUGGCAGCUGACAGAGUUCAUCAUUGGGGUGUUUCUACAGAUUUUGGGUUUGCCGUUUGUGUCUGUUGCCCAAGUUUCUCUGUUUUCCAAAAUUACUGCUGAAAAAACACAAGGUUUCAGUCAGGGAAUACGGCGUUCAGUGGGGGGCCUGGCCACCAUCCUGGGCCCUCUGUGGGCUGGUGGACUUACCGAGAACAUGUAUGUCAUGAUGGGGAUGAUGAUGGUACUGCUGGCACUGCUAACGAUGAUGCUGGUCUACUCAUACAACCGGCUGGUGGAACCUGCUGUACAGGAGCACAUGGACAAUUCGGAAAACUUAAAUUAGCAAGUGGCUUUUGGAGGAAAAGUGAUUGAAGGAGAAAACUGGGAGCUUCACGAUCUGUGCUUUUCAUCCCC